CCCGCUGAGGCCACCAGAGGCAGCAGUGAGCUAAGCCGCUGCUGAGCACAACUUCCGGUUGGAGAGCGAAGAAGGAGUAGAUUUAAAGGUGUUGUUUGGUUACCUGUAGUGUGUUUGGACUAUGUUGGAGUUUAUAAGCAGACCAGAGAGGAAACCAGAGGGCUGGUUACUGGUUAAAUGGGACCAUGAAGCUCUUCUCACGUACGCACAAUCAGCUGCUGACUGGAGUUUGAACCGCUGCCAUGUGAGGCAGCGGGGCUUUUAUUUUUGAAAUGAUAACCGGAAGUAGUGUGUUUGUUUACUUCCUGACUUGACGGGUUAUCCUCAAUAAGAGCUCGGUGACAACAUGAGUUCAGACAGAGAGCUUCAGUCUGGAGGUUAGUAGAAGAAUGUGAUUAUUACUGUAGUCAGUCAGAGUAAUACUCCUCCUGUAGAAGUAAUACUGCAGUACUUUAUGUCAGAGUACUUCACAGUUAUUGAUCUCAGUAGGAACUUUAACUCGGUCUGUUGAAGAUGCCAUUGAUGGAGCAGGUGUCGUACUCGGACCUGGAGUCUCUGGCGUUGGACCGGGUGGUUCCGGCUCUGCUGGCUCACGGGUUCUGCUUCGUGGACGGGUUCCUGGGUGAUCUGGCCGGAGACGCGGUUCUGGAGCAGGUGAAGGAGAUGCACCGGUCCGGAGAGCUGCAGGACGGCCGGCUGGCGGGCUCCGGACCGGGCGUCCACCGGAGGAACAUCCGCGGGGACCAGAUCAGCUGGCUGAGCGGAUCAGAGAGAGGAGGAGAGGCGGUCCGGUACCUGCUGCACCGCAUCGACCACAUCAUCACACUCUGCGGGGCGAGGCUGGGAGGGAACAACAUCAGGGACCGGUCCAAGGCCAUGGUGGCUUGUUACCCGGGAAAUGGGACGGGUUACGUCAAACACGUGGACAACCCGAACAACGACGGGCGCCGCAUCACCUGCACCUACUACCUCAACAAGAACUGGAGCGCCAAGGAGCACGGCGGCGUCCUCAGGAUCUUUCCGGAGGGGAAAUCCUACGUGACCGACAUCAAGCCGCUGUUCGACCGGCUGCUCUUCUUCUGGUCCGACCGCAGGAACCCACACGAGGUGCAGCCCUCCUACGGCACCAGGUAUGCCAUCACAGUCUGGUACUUCGACUCUGAGGAGAGAGCUGAGGCUAAGAGGCGCUUCAGGGACUUGACAGCUCGGCAGCAGAGCAGCAGCUCCAGUUUAUUGUGAGGAAACGUCAUCACCUGGUGUUUGAAACCCUGAUCUGCAGUAGAGGACAGCACGAUUCCUCCCGACUCUCAAAGCUUUUGGAAAAGGAAAACAACAAAGACUUCACUCUGGAAGAGUUGAGGGGGGAUUUAACUCUUCAGUCGAUAAAACUGCAUACCCUCAUAGCUCUGGUCAGCAUCCAGGAUGGAAAGAACAGCCUGCCUGCAUGGCUGCAAGAACUGCUGUGACCUAAUGGAUGAUGAGUUCAGGUGACCAGCAGCUGCUCUGGACUUUUCCUGCUUUACUCGAUGUUUGUGCAAUACUCUCUGCUGAGACGCAGGACAACAGCAGACUGCACCUUCGCCUUCAGCUUGCUUCAAACCUAAGUAGGAGGAGAGAUGAUAAACAGUCUUUAAACUUUACAGAUAGUACACUGGAAACAUACAUUCGUGAAAAACACUAACACAGGCGAUGGAGCAGGACAAAGAUUUGACGGACAGUGUGUGAAGCACAGAGACGAUAUGUCUGUGUUGGAGAAGAUGAAUAAUUGAUGCUCCGUUCAAACAGCGCUUCAGAAACGUUAUUGAGCCCGAGUUACCGUCCUGAAAAAAAUAACGCUCGCUAACAACUUACACCGCCUUUUUUACUGCAGUGAGACCGGAACUACCUUAGGUAGAUUUAAUACCACAUGUUGGUGUAACUACACUGUUUGGUUGGAAAAGAAACCUUUUGUCUGAGUCUAGAUUCUAUGAAUAGUCUGAAAAACUGUCACAUGAUAUUUAAAAAUGUGUUGAAUAAAAGUUAUUUUUUAAGAAUG